CCCCUUUCAAUUCCUGGCCCUUACGGCUUGCCGGUACGCUUCGCGGUGCGCCUUGCUGGGACAAAGGGCUUCAAAAUUUACGGCGCCAGCCCCAAGGAGCCCCUCCACUACAUCGAGAGCCAUACCCGGCACCUGAUUCUGCACGACACUGGCCACAAGAAGGACAAGAGCCCGCCCCUUGUGUCGAUCCAGUCGAACUGGCCGUCCUGGUCCAUACGCCCGAUCGACAACGACGUCCCCGCCUUCACCAUCACAGUAUACAACAAUGACAGCAUCAAUGCCGAUUCCAGCGCGGAGAACGCCAUCGGCCAAACCACCGCCGACAACCUGACGAUCAACGCUGAUGACGCCAGUGGCGAAGUUGAAAGCAGCGGCUUCAAAAACGACCUGAAAAUCAGCCUGGACCAUACUCGCUGUCGUCCAGUCACCUUCCAGUUCCAAGUUCCCAUCCCGGACCCCAACGACGGCACCAUCACGACCCUCGAGACCUUCGAAUGGCGCCGCGCCCCGCACACCUGCCAUGAGACCCGCAGCAUCCGCAAGAAGACGCUCCCGUUCACCGAAACCGGCGACGAGCGCCCGCCCGAGGAGAAGUUCGUCUACGCGCCCUCGGGCUCCAUUCUCGUGCGCCUGAACAGCCACAGCAACAACAACCCUCAGCCACGCACCACCUCGCCAGGUAGCAACAACAACACACAGCCGGUGGGCUUCACCCCGCAGGGCGAGCAGAUCGUGGCGUCGGUCACCAACUCGCGCGACUACCGGGCAUGGUACUACUUCCAGUUUUGGGGCGCUGGCGCGACGGGGGAGCUGGGCGAGGUGUUUACACGCGCGGCCGUUACUAGCGGCCUGGUGGUGUGGCAGGACGAGGCGGACGAGCAGGCCCGGCGGAGG